AUGAGACUGGCUCCAGCCUUGGCCAAACUCAGCCAAACACUGUAUACCAAAAAUGAAAGUGAGCUGAUGAAGUGCACUGGUUCUGGUACCAUGCUCUUGUGUAACUUGCUUAUGGAGGUGAAAGUGAAGACUGCCGUGACUGGGAAUAAUGCCUCCUGUCAGGAUUUCCUGAGAUUGCUGAAAGGAUGUGUGUACACUGGUGUUGAAACUUUGGGGAAGGAGCUUUUUAUGUAUUUUGGACAGAAAGCAUUGAGGGUUCACUUUGGCAUGAAUGGUUCCAUGUGUAUUAAUCCAACGGCAAACAAAGAUCGAAAUGGAGUACCACCAGUUCUGGAAAUACAUCUUACUGAUGAUAUGGUUUGUUUCUUUGAUGCAACAGUAGAGCUUAGGUCCAGCCUUCUCACAGAACUAAUGCUCUUCUACAAGUUGUGUGUAGUUGCCUGUCUCCGCUUCGGCAUGCCGCUUAUGGAAGACUUAGAUGUAUGCUCAUCAAAAUUUAGUUUUUUACGAGCAGAAAGUGAGAUAAAGCGACAAAAAGGUCGCAUGCUAUGUGAUGUGUUAUUGGAUCAGGGAGUAUUACCUGGAGUUGGAAAUAUCAUAAAAAAUGAAGCACUCUUUGACAGUGGUCUCCAUCCUGUUGUUAAAGCUUGUCAAUUAACAGAUGAACAGACACAUCACUUGGUGAAAAUGAUCCGUGAUUUUACUCUUCUCUUUUAUAAGUGCCGCAAGACAGGAUCAGCACUCUACAAACAUUACAAAGUGUACAAACGCCCUAACUGUGGUCAAUGCACUGGAAAGAUCAUUGUUUGUCGUUUAGGAGAGAAUAACAGGAUGACAUACUUCUGUCCACAGUGUCAAAAGGAUAAACCUCAUCUUGUUGAUGUUAGCAAACUGCCAACUAGAAAUAGCCUAAUUGGCUGGGCAUAUAGCAAGGGGUCAUGUUCUAAUGAACAUGUAGCUCAGAAAUCUGAAGAAGAAUGGAUAUGUACUCUCUGCACCCUAAUAAACAAGCCUUCUGCUCAGAUCUGUGAUGUUUGUUUGACUUCAAGGCCUGAAGUUUCAAAGGUACAACUUGAUGAAGGUUCUACAGCCUCUAAUAGCAGCUUAGUUAAGUACCCUUGUAACCUCUUUGGAAAGCCAAACACAGAAAUAAAGGUCAAUAGGCAAACCGCAUUUGGAAUGACAACUCUAGUCUUGACAGAUCUCAGCAGUGAACUCACUCCUUUAAAAAAUGGCAGAAGUGAUAGCCAAACGCCAGAUGGGAAUUCUCAGUGUGACUCUCCAAGAAACAACAGCUAUUGCCAGAAUAACUCCCACCAGAGCAGUGGAAAAAAUUAUGAAUUUCAUUCAGCAGACUUGUUCACUGCAGUAAAUACAGCAUCACACUUCUAUCAUCAGUCUGAUUCUUCCAAUCCUGUGCAGAAGAAACAGAAGAUUGAUCAUUUAUCCUCAGAUUUCAAAAGUAAUAAGAGUUUGUCAAACAGGAAGGUGGAGGAAACUUCUCAUGGGCCCUGUGAAAAAACUGACCAAAUGACAAUAAGUUUUAGACAAAACACCAAACAUAAAUUGUGUCUUUUGCUUAUUGAACAUCGAGUUAACAUGACAGAUGGUAUUUGCACAUUAAAUGCAGGCAGUCCUCGCUGCAGUAAACACAACCGCCUCUGCAGUCUCAGAGUUGUGAGAAAGGAGGGAGAAAACAAGGGCAGACAAUUUUAUACUUGUCCUCUACCCAGAGGGACUCAGUGUGAGUAUUUUGAAUGGGCAGACUUACAGUUUCCAUUGUGCAAUCAUGGGAAACGCUGCAUUAUGAGGACAGUGUUGAAGAUUGGGCCUAAUAAUGGAAAGAAUUUUUUUGUGUGCCCUUUGGGGAAGGAUAGACAGUGUGAUUUCUUUAAGUGGGCAGACAUCGGACCAGGAAUGAAGAUUAUUCCAGGAUGCUGAAAUUUUAGUCUAUAGUGACGCUGGUUUUUUUCACACUGUGUACACAAUAGUUCCAAAGGAUAUUAUUUUAGGACAUUCGUGAUCACGACAUUUCACAUUGAAAAAUUUGCCUAAAUUGCAUGUGGAAAGGAAACGUGUGAGGUAAGAGUUAGAGGGGGGAAAAAAUUCUGUUCACUCCUUGUUAUUGUAAUCUUUUUAUCUAACUGAAGCAUCUUUCAGAAUUAGCAAUUAACAUAUCUAGAGUUCUGAAAAUUAAAUAGUGGUCACUUAGCAUGCUAGUUUCCUGGGAGAAGAUCU